AUGGACUUGCUGACCACCGUCCCUGACUUUCCAAUUGAACCCUAUGCCCGCAUUCUACCGGACUUUGAAAAGGCGGGAAUCUCGGUAAAGGAGCUGUUGCUGCUUGACACGCUCGAAAUCGCGAAGCGCACGCGGAUCCCAGUUGCCGACGUUCGACGGUUGACAAGCCAUGUGCUGGAGGCGCUCCACCAGGACCUUGGGCUGCAGGCAUACCAGGCCUCUGAAGAGGAGAAUGAAAGUGUAGCCGCACAGGCCCAGCAUGUGUCUGGCAGCGAAGAUGCUCCCAGACUUCUCCAGCCACCCAGCCUGUCCUUCAUCAGCACGUUGGAUCCUGUCCUCGAUGAUGCCCUUUCGGGAGGCAUAUCCACCAGCUACGUGACGGAAAUAGCGGGAGAAAGUGGCAGCGGGAAGACACAGCUGCUUCUCCAUCUUCUCCUCUCCGUUCAGCUCCCGCCUCCAUAUGGCCUCUGCAAAAGGGCCUUGUACGUCUCAACAGAGGCAGGCCUCGCUACGAAUAGACUGUCUCAAAUCCUUGACGAGCAUCCUCGUUUGUCCUCACUCCCUACGGACGUCGAACGGCCUUCUUUGGAUAAUGUUUUGGGAAUAACUACCGUCGACCUUGAAACCCAAGAUCACAUACUCAACCACCAUCUUCCCUUUGCGAUAUCGAAGUACGAUAUUGGCCUUGUGGUUAUCGAUUCCAUCACAGCCAACUAUCGCGUAGAGACAACCACCAAUAAUUUCUCUGGGUUGCUGGAUCGCGCGUGGCAGUUCAAAAAGCUGGGACAACUACUGCGAAAUCUAGCUGUCAGGCAUAAUAUCGCGAUUGUGGUGUCCAACCAGGUCUCCGAUCGGCUCAAUCAACUGGAUGGGCCGCUUUGGGCAGAGGAACCGGACUAUUUGCUCAGUCGUUUAGAGGAAACACCCUCAACCCAGCAGUACCUUGAUUCCUCCCAGCAUUUACCUUCUUCCUCGACAUGCCAAUCAUCUGCUCCCCACCUGCUGCAACGACAGCUUCAAAGUCAGGCAACUCCCACACAGGAUCCCACGCCGUUAACGCCAGAGAAUGACACCGGUUCGCGCGCGGAACCUUCACGGCUCAACAUCCGUAGUCUCAGUUCAUUGUUGAGCUAUGCUUACCAGCAGCCCUUCUACACUGGCUGGGGUGAUCCAUACGAGCUAGAAGCGUGCAAAACCCCCGCCCUAGGACUCGUUUGGACAAACCAACUUGGCUGUCGGGUGAUACUUAAGGUACACGAGUUUCCCAAUAUCGACAUUGUCGGCCUCGGCCCAGAAAUUGUUGUGAAUGCGUCCGCAGAGCUGUCGAAUCUCCAGCAAGUCGAAGGGGGCGUAAUACAAGGCUGUUCCAAAGAGAAUGUUCAAGGUCAUCAUAUUCUCACUGCGGAGAGGAACGACCAGCCUUGUGAACCCGAAGUCGAAGAGAAACGGGGAAUUGAGCAUCGGGCCGAUGAUCACAACUCCAACCCAGAAACUCAACCUCCGAGCCAUUUGACGAGUGAGACUAUGCUUCCAAGCCAGUCAUCUCGCAGGAGGCGAACAAUGCAGGUCGUGUUCUCGCCUUGGACGUCUGGACGUCCUCAUGCAGCAUUAGAAGAUGAUCAAGAAGCGCCAUCGCUGAAUCCUAGCAACGGAAUGCCCUUCAACCUUCCCGUGGAGGAAGCGGAAUUCGAGAUCUUACCUGGCGGAAUCCGGGGGAUACCUUGA